CAACCCGCACGUCGGCACGCACGCACAGCACUUGCAGCACGCACACGCCCACGCCAGCCCGCGGGGCAUGGAGCGCAUGGACGAGUCUCAUCACCAGCAUCACACGGCCAUGUCGCUGUCGCCGUCCGACUAUAAGGGCAUUCAUCCCAAUUUCACGCACCCGUUCAGUAUCAACAACAUAAUCUCGCAGGAGGGCAAGUACGAGAAUUUGCCGCCGUAUUCUGGCUACGGAUCGCUCGGAACUCUGUCUAACAUCAAGGGCGAGGCGCAGAACAUGAUGACCGGCAUGCAUUCUGCCGACCCGGGCGGUUACUACCUGCACGGCGGAUACGCGACGCACUCGGCAGCGAACCUGUGAGCGCUAGCAACGGGACUCGAACAGUGAGGUCAUACGUGUAACUAUAUGCGGCUUGGAACUCUCGUGUCAGUCGUGUAAGCUCCAGUGUGCGUGUGCGCGCAGAGUCGAUCGCAUUCGCAGCGACAUGGACUCGGUUUGAAGAGAUUCCGAAGUGCGCCUAUAUAGAUACUACCGGGUCAAAUCUGUGAGCUUUGUUUAUAUUUAUUACUUGUGAAGUGACGUUGAAAAUAAUGUGUAGGCCUGUUUUUGUACGGGACAGUUUUGCUUUCGGUAGCAGCGUAUAAACGUGUCCGUACUUUGCAUUGUGCCGAGUGCUCUAUUCUCUUUCCAUUAGUGUUGUAAAUACGUGACAUUCAGCAUAAGAUUAGUGCCAUAUCAUUCGACGGCAACCAGAAGUUUACUCCGAAACGCCAGAACUCUGAAUCAAGAAAGACCUCAGUGAAUUUACAAUCGGCUGGGCAUGCUUCAUUUCCGCCUCUCCGUUUCGCUAUUAUAUAUGGUUUUCGUUCUCGAUAGCGCGCAUCUAUCUGUAAAUUCUACCGCGUCGCACUUUGGACCACAAGCUGGCGAUAGCAGCAGCGUCUGUUAGUUCGACUUACAUGAGCAGACGCCGCGGGAUGUGACAAGCUCUGUGAUUGGCUGCAGCUGAUGGACAGGUGAGAGCGAGGCUUGAGUAGGUGUAGUGUAAGGGCGUUACCGUUGAUGCCAUAGCCUGUGGCGCUGCAGCUCAUUUGCAUACCAAAGCAGAGGGCGGGGCUCUCGAAUUUAAUCGUAUUUGCGAAGGGUCAACUAUGAUCGUUUGUAUUUGAGUUCUCGGGUUGGAGAAUACAGCAUGCUCGCAUCCGUACGCUGUCUAAACCCACGUCUGCCGGAAAAUUCACGCCGAACCGCGUCCAGCGCGUUGUCGCAAGCUUCGUAUUUCGGACUGCGGGAAUAACCGUCGCUGCUGCCGUGUGCUAAACACUAGCAUGAGCGGCUCGCUGUCGCAUAGGCCAUACUCGCCGGCGUCGACGAUGAGCGUUAUGUCGAACUAUAGCGGAUCCGUUCCAUCGAUGUCGAUGGCUAACAUGACGAACGCGGGAUACACGCCGCAGGGCUACAGCCCCAGCUCGAAUAUGACUGCCGGCAUGGGAAGUAUGAACACUCUCGGGAUGGGAGGAGGUUACAUGAACAUGAACGGUCAGCAGUAUCAGCCGAAUGCGAUGGGCUUGCCUCCCUAUCAGCAUAUGAAUAAUGUGAACAUGCCGGCGACCAUGGCCGGACACUGUAUGCAAUCGCCUCCGACGUCGUACAACAAUCUCAGUGUUUCGCCAGUGCCGGAGGAUGCUGGAGGCGGCCCGAUGCGAAAUCGCAGCGAGAAGGGCUACCGUCGCGCCUACACGCAUGCCAAGCCGCCCUACUCCUACAUCUCUCUGAUCACGAUGGCCAUUCAGCAGUCAGCCAACAAGUGUCUUACGCUGAACGAGGUCUAUCAGUUCAUCAUGGAUCUGUUUCCGUUCUACCGCCAGAAUCAGCAACGCUGGCAGAACUCGAUCCGCCACAGUCUAUCGUUCAACGACUGCUUCGUUAAGGUGCCGCGCACGCCCGACAAGCCGGGCAAGGGCAGCUUCUGGACGCUGCACCCGGACUCAGGCAAUAUGUUCGAAAACGGCUGCUACCUGCGCCGCCAAAAACGCUUCAAGUGCCGAGAACAGGACGUAAACAAGGCGAAAAAGUCAAAGAAAACCAAAGAUGCUUCCGUCGCCGACACAAACGGACAGAUAUCGAGUCCCGGCGGAAUCAGCGACGGCGGCGGCAGCGGCGGUGUCGGUGCGAGUCCAUCAGCAGGUACUAUGACAAUCAACAACAACACCUCCGCCGUUUCCAGCGCCUCAACGUCGUCCUCGGUUGCCAACAGUCUCGGCUCGUCGGUUGACCGCAGAGACAACCACGCGACGGCCGCCGCCCUCGCGCAGCCGAAAGCCGAGCCUCCCGACAACCGCAUGAGUCCGCGCGGCGGCCCCCCCAACUAUCAGGAGGCGAAGUUCCAAGAGCUGCACACGACGUCGGCGAUGUCGGUGCGCUCGCCGAUGGAGAGCAUGCACCCCGUCCAGCUAGCGGCGUCGCGGCACGUCGCCGAGUCGCCCUACCACCACCAGAUGCACCACCACCAGUCGAUGGAGCUCUACAAGUCGGCCCACCAGCAGCAGAACUUCACGCAUCCGUUCUCGAUCAACAGCAUCAUUUCGCACGAGCAUGGCGACGGCAAGUACGAGAAUAUGCCGCCGUUCUCGCAAUACAGCACUCUGUCGACGCUGACGAGCGUCAAAGACUCCAGUAUGGUACCGAUGGACUAUAACAGCUACUAUCACGGCGGGUACGCGACGCACAGCAAUGUGAGUAGCCUAUAAUGCCGAUAGCGAACCCUCCCGUGCGCGUUCCAACGUGAACGCGGGGUAUAGUCGCGACAGAUACACCCCCGCGAGAAUUCGUGCGGCUACCGUGGUCUUUGUAACUCCCUGACUUGUUAAGAAUUUCCAUCCGAAGAUGCUGUACAUCCAAAGUGGUCAAACUAGUGCGAGUUAAUUGGAUUUUGACAGUUUUCCGUUCAGAAAAGAAGAAUUUAAUUUUCCUGGUUAAAUCAAUAGAGUUGAUAUUAGGUCAGGAAGGAGAGAAAAGCCGCGUAUUCUAUGAUUAAGAAUCUUAAUCAUCUGAUGAGAAGCGACGGAUGGGCUGUAAGGAAAAAAAUCGAGUAUGAUUUUAAGUGGUUCUUCAAACCGGACCCUCGUUCAGCUUUAACUCAGGAACUAAACAGCAGUUAAACAGCACAUGAAGUUGUGUUCCUCCACCCUAUGUAUACAUACUGCGUGCUAUGGAGUCUGGUAUUAUAUAUACGGUAUGUAAAUAAGUUCAGCGUUUUACUUCGAGUAUUUCCAGCUAAUUUUAAUACGUAGAAAGAAAUAUUACUGUCUAGAUUGAUUCGUUGUUCUAAAUAUGCAUUAUAAUAUAUUAUAGUCACGAUUUUGUAAAGAAAUUGUCUCUGCAUGUGAUUCCAUGAGAAAUUUGUUGUUAUUAUAUAUAGAGUGGAACGCUUGCGCUUUAAAUUGUGUUUUGUGAUCAUAUGGAGAAUAGCGAGAUGGCGAUGCGUGAACUACGUAAAAUUAAUACAGAUAAAAUUCGCAGCAAAUUAUUUUUCAUUGGAAUAGAUUUCCAACUUUCUUCGUAUUAUCAGAAAUCGUUGUUCUGUGGAUUUUCUAAAUGCUGGUUGUAUUAUCAAGCGCAUAUAUAGUGUGGUCUCCAGCGGCUAGUAUGUCAGCGUGCGCGCAAACAAUCGGCCGUUAAAUAUAAUAUUCGCGAAACAAAACCUAAUCAAUUGAAAAUUGUAUAAUUAAUAUAUGCGACCGUCUCGGUAUAAGAUAGACAAGUUGCCUGUGAAAUAUACUUUUACGCGAGAGUAUUCGAAUUUGUAUUAACUGAAAUACGUUGUGUCGACGCAUGCGAUGAAUUUAGCUGUCGAGUGUUUUUAUUAUUCACGUUUUCUGUUGCGCUCGAUGAGGUUUAGUUAAUUAUGCGUUGUCAUAUGUUAUUUUUCAGUUCUGCAAUUUGAAAAUGUUUAAAAUACAAGCAAUAAUUUGAAAAAAAA